ACAAUCCUAUAUAUCAUUUUGCCACAACCACUCGAUCGAGUGAGUAAGGAGAGAUCGAUGGGCAUAAUGAAGUUUGAAGCUGAAGUAAUCUCCAAGCAGAUUAUCACGCCUUCUUCUCCAACCCCUGACCAUCUUCGCCAUUAUCAGUUCUCAUUUCUUGAUCAAAUAUCUCCCCCGGUCUAUAACCCUUUGCUUCUCUUUUAUGAAUUCAAUGCCAAAACUCAACCCAACAUCACUGAAAUAUCCAACCACCUGAAGAACUCCUUAGCCAAAGUCUUAACCCUUUUCUACCCGCUAGCCGGACGACUCCAAGGCAACCAAUACGUGGAUUGCAACGACAAUGGUAUACCCUACCUUGAAGCUAAAGUGAACUGCAAACUCUCAGAUGUUCUCGACAAUCCAAUACCCGGAGAACUCAACAAGCUCAUGCCAUUUGAGCUGGACGAUGUGGCAAACAAAUAUGCCCUUGGCGUCCAGCUCAACAUCUUUGAAUGUGGUGGUUUUGCUAUUGCUCAAUGCCUUUCUCACAAGCUCGCAGAUGGAUUAUCAUACUUCACGUUCAGCAAAAUUUGGGCCGCCACUGCCCGUGGUGAACCCAAAAUAGCACAUCCACAGUUCAUUUCCGCCACAUUAUUCCCUCCCAAGAAUUUAAGUGGAUAUGAUGCGCGCACUGGUAUCACAAGAAACAAAGUCACAAAAAGAUUUGUGUUUAGUGCCUCUAACAUAGAGGAGCUCAGAAAAGAUCAAGCACAUAAGGCCUUAACACGCCCUUCACGUGUUGAGGCCUUAUCUUCUUUCAUCUUGAGCCGAUUUGUGGAGGCUACCAAAGAUAUUGGAUCAGCUGACAAGUUUUACAGGGUGGUUCAUGCUGUGAACUUGCGGCCAAGGUUCGACCCACCACUGCCGCACCAUUCCUUUGGGAACCUUUACCGAGUAGCCAUGACAGCUCCGUUACAAAUAAGUUCCCGAGAACCAUAUCAUGGUAUACGAGAAGUGAUAAGCAAGAUCGACAAUGAGUACGUGAGUAAACUACAGAAAGGUGAUGAGCAUUUGAGUUCCAUCAAGACCUAUGCUAAAAGUUUUGCUAAAGGCGAGCAGGUUACAAUUAGCUUCAGUAGUUAUUGCAGGUUUCCUCUGUACGAUAACGAUUUUGGUUGGGGGAGUCCUACGUGGGUGGGGUCGCCGGCACUGACGUUCAAGAAUCUAGUGAACUUCAUGGAUACCAAAGAGGGUGGUGGGAUUGAGGCAUAUAUUAGCUUGGAGGAGGAAGUCAUGACUAAGUUUGAGAGUGAUGUGGAGCUCUUAGCUUAUGUGUCUCCAAGUGCGGUGCCGAACGUCUAAGCAAAAUUAGUAUGUGCUGUGGGCAGUGCAAAAUAUGAAGGUGUGUAGUGAAAAGUAUGUUCUUUCCGACUUCUGGUCCGUCCAUACCUAGAAGUAGUUUCUGUAAUAUUAUUUUCUUCAAAAUUUCAAGUUGGUCUCCGCGUAGUUAAUAAGAACUGGUCCUUUAGCUGUUGAAAAAGACCAAGUCUAGCUUUAUGUAUUUUCUGGACCGACCUCUUGUAAUUUGCCCCAAGUAUUUGGUUUGGUGUUGCAACCGAAAAAACAAAUUGGUUUAGUGUUGCU